AUGGACACGUUUGAGACAGUUAAAGAGCAGGGGAACGUUGCAUUUAGAAACAGUAAUUUUAGUUCUGCUGCAGAAUAUUACGGUAAGUGCAUUUGUCUGGAGCCUGAGAAUCCAAUUGGCUACAGUAACAGAGCGAUGGCCUUGAUCAAACUCCAAAAGUUUUCAGAAACCAUCGAUACAUGUCAACGUGGACUGGGGAAACUUGAAGACAACGAGAAGGAUGAACCAAUACGCAAAAAGCUACUGUAUCGACUGCAUUUGGCUCAAGAAUCCUUGAAUAAAUUUCAGGUCAAGACUGAGAGACUUCCCGUUGAAGUUGUAGACCAUUUACCACCACAGUUUGCGCAACUGUGA